AUGAGUGCCGGACGUGCCUUUCGUCUUGUGCAAUUGAUGCGCCUACACGAGAUCGAUAGUCCGACAAAACCUCCAGUUCCCGAGGCAGAUCUGAUUGAAACAGAAGAGAAGCGUCGAGUGUUCUGGAUGGCCUAUUUUUUGGAUCAUUUACUAAGUAUGCGUAAUAACUGGCCGAUCACUUUGAACGAACAUGUGAUCUGCACCCGUUUGCCGGCAGCGGAUGCAGACUUCCAGAGCGGCCAACCGGUGCUAGGGGCUUUCCUCUCGGAAGCAAUCAUGGAUGUUAUGCCACAAAAAGCCUCCCCGUUCAAUGAAUGCGUGGUUCUCGCCACAAUAUGUGGCCGUAGCUUAUUCCAUGCCCAGCAAUACAGUGUUCGCUUUGUGUACGGCGAUUUGGCCCCCAACUGGAUCGACCAACACCAAUGGCUUGACAAUGUUCUUACGAACCGACUUCAGAUUCUUUCCCAGUACUACCCCUCUCCGGCUCAAAUAUGCGAUCCGCUGAUCUCCUUCGCACAUAUCAUGGGACAGGCGAGUGUAAUUCAUUUAUAUAAGGGAAUUGAAUCUGCUGUGUGGACAGUUGACAAAGAAGCCUGGGUGCUUGAAUAUCAACGGCGAGCAUUUAGUGCCGCACAAGAAAUUGUCAAACUGGCAAAAGGAUUAACAGAGUUCAAUUUCUUCAAGAUUCACCCCCUCAUGCCCAUUCCAUUAUUGCUCUGUGCGGAGUUCCUUUACGGCAAUCGUGGCUCAGAUGGGGCUUUUAAUUCGCUACUUCAAGAGCUUCUACAGAUCUUCCGAGAGCUCAAGAAUGCCAACGACCCGAGUCAAAGUUACAUAGAUUUGUUAGAACUUUCAUGUACCAACGCAUCCAUAGGACUUGUCGGGGAGAGCUCUUCUGCUCCAUGA